UCUGAAAACGAGAAUGUUCAAAUUUAUCUGGAUAGUAAUUUUCACUAAUAUUCUUAUUUUAGAUGGAUUUCUUGUUAUUCAACAACAGGCAACAAAAGGAAAUAAUGCAACACUCUUAUGUAAUUUUCCUGUAAAAAAAGUACAUCAUGUGUCAUGGAAUAAUACAAAAGGCAUUCAGGCUGUUUGUGACGACUCUGGACUCUGUGGGAAUGUAACAGAUCGAAGAUAUCACCCUUCGAUUCACACGAAUCAUUCUACAUUUCACAUUACUGGGGUAGACCACAAGGUGGACGAAGGAACGUGGAGUUGUCAAAUAAACAAGCAAUAUGCGUCAUCGAAAGAAGUCAUAGUUUACUCUCUUCCAGCAUCUUUUUACAUUGAGAAACCGAGUUCACUUUUGAACGAAAUAACAGUAAACGGAAUGAAUCAGCUCGAACUUGAGGCCGUCGCAGUGUGUGUUUAUCCACUGGAAAAUAACAUAUUUCUUAAAUAUAGGAUUAGGGGGGACAGCGCAUUUAAUUAUUUUAUGAAGAAAAAUAUUGAAAUAUUAAGUAGCGGUAGACAGUCAAACUGCUUGGAUCAUGAAUUUGUAGUUACUGCAAGAAUAACUAUAUCGGAAAUCGAUUUUGAUGGAUUGACCAUUUACUUUCAAUUCCAAUAUAAAACAACUUUUGGCUAUGUACAGAAUACAAGAAGAAUGAUCACAGCUGUGUUUAAAGAUGACCCAUGCAAAGACAAUCCCUGUCAAAACGGAGCAACUUGUGAGGUGAAAUUAAAACAGUUUUAUUGUAAUUGUCCUGAAAGAUUUAAAGGGCAACUUUGUGAAGAAAAAGUUGAUCCAUGUGAUUCAAUUUUUUGUCAAAAUGGAGCUGCAUGUCAUAGUGAUAAGGAAAAUUUUAAAUGGCUGUGCAAUUGUCCCUCUGGAUAUACUGAUAAAGUUUGUUCCACAAAAGUAACCUCAAGUGCCAGUAAGAAAACAUUUGAUCCAGGGAAGUUGAUACUGAUGCUUGUAUUCCUUUUUUGGUACCAGUCUUCCGAUUCCAGUCUUUUAAAUAGAUGUAAGUUAGAUUUAAGAUAUUUUGCAUUGUAA